AUGAGCAUCUCAGAGGCGCGAGACGCAUCUUACAAUCGGAUUUUCCAGCCCUUGGUAGCUCGCGCCAUUGCUGCUCAGCUGAUUCAAGCCAUCGCAUUCAUGCACUCUCGUGGUGUCGUUCAUGCAGAUCUUCACGAGGCGAACAUCCUACUCCGCCUGCCUAAUUCGAUCGACAACCUUACUCCAGACCAGCUCUAUCAAAAGUAUGGGCAGCCUGAGCUCGAAGAGAUAACACGGCUGGACGGGAAACCUCUGGAUCCGUGGGUGCCUACUCAUGGCGUUGUAGCAGUCUGGCUUGGAGGCGCCAGCGACACCAUUUCGCUCGCCGACUCGCAUGUUUUCUUGACCGACUUCAGUGAAUCAUUUCGGCCAGCGGUGGACGUACAUCAGGUUUCCCACACACCCUUUGCAUUACGAUCUCCAGAGAUGCUUUUAGAGCCAAAGUCACAUGUCACGUUCGCCGCGGAGAUCUGGAGUCUCGCGUGCGCAGUUUUUGCUAUCAUCGGCCAGCGACCCCUGUUUGAUACUUGGUUCCCAACCAGAGACAAAAUCCUCGAUGAAUAUGUAGACACAUUGGGUUGCUUGCCUAGAGAAUGGUGGGAAAGCUGGGUGAACCGCCAUGAAUGUUUUGAUGAUCAGCUUGAGAGGGUAGAUGGUGCGCCUCGUCGGCUGCUCGAACAUCGGCUGGAAUAUUCUGUCCAGGAGCCACGUAAAGAAGCCGGAAUGGCUGAAAUGAAGGAGCAAGAGAAGCAAGAAUUCCUCGCACUUUUGAGAUCUAUGCUGUCUUUUGUACCAGAAGAUCGACCCUCAGCACAACAGGUCGUUGAAUCCAGUUGGAUGCAGAAAUGGGCUAUACCGGCCUUGGAGUUGACCAAAGACAUUCAGGUUCUUGACAAUACUUCAGCAGCUAUGUCCAGAACACAACAAUAA